CUCGAGGAGUCGCUCGUUCCGCUCGAGGUCGCAGAGGGAUUAGUCAAAUUGAAAAGGUGUCAGAUCCGCUCGAGGUCGCAGAGGGAUUAGUCUAAAUUGAAAAGGUGUCAGAUUCGCUCGAGGUCGCAGAGGGAUUAGUCUAAAUUGAAAAUGUGUCAGAUCAGGUCUCCUAGCGCGCGCACGAUUCAGUCGAACUGCCUGGCGAGGGUGACAUUAUGUUCUUGACCUUCAGUAAAACAGGGAGUAGGAAAAGAACUGAAUGAAGUCAGAGUUUGACUUUCAACCACUUAUCAGAAAGUCUUCUGGAUAUUGUUUCGCUAGCAGCAUAACUUCUUUAUACACACACCUUCUGUGCGGUCUGCUCCUUGAGCCUCGGCUCCAAGCACCUGACAAACGCUAGCUGAGCACUACUCUACACUCCUCCAAUCCUUCAACAGGGACCGGACAACCUGUGAACACAUUUACAAUACUGGUUUUACUGUUUCAGGUUGGCGGAAACAGCUGAGAACCCAACACACACCUUGCCCUAAGGACAAUUCCAGGCAGACUCCAUUUGAUUUACAUCGGGACAGACAACCAGGCCCCAUACACAAACACACACUCUGGAAACCAAGCAACCAACAGAAGGCAGAGGAACACAGCCUCUAACAACCAACUACCCCACCUAUCUCACCAUCUCACCCAGUUGAUACCUAGCCUAACCUAGGCCCGGAGAUAAAAAUGUUCUCUGCUGGCUGUUCUGGUUGAUUCCUAUCUGACUGACACACGCAGGCAGACAGACUGGCUGGUUUGGGCGUUUUGUGACGCUCUUCUGUACGUUCAUCAUCAUUGUGUAUCCGAAGGAAUCAACAUGCACCUGACUGGGUAAGGUUGAGGCCUCGACUGCCAAGGACCACUUAGACGCAGUUGAGAUAACUGACCUCGUAAGGACCGUGUGUGGUUACUGGUCACUGGUGCGGUGGUCAGUUAUGGGUAAGGAACAGGACUUCCUGGUGGCAGUGAAGAGUGGAGACAUCCUCCUGGCACACAAACUUCUGGCUAAGGUUAAAUGCAACAAAACCAAGUUGCUGAGUUCCACAAAGAGGCUGAACAUCAACUUUCAGGACUCAGAUGGGUUUUCAGCAUUACACCAUGCAGCUCUAACGGGCACCACUGAACUGCUGUCUUUACUACUGGAGGCUCAAGCCACUGUGGACAUCAAAGACACCAAUGGUAUGCGUCCGCUCCACUAUGCAGCGUGGCAGGGUAAAGCUGACUCUGUGUUGCUGCUACUAAGAGCUGGAGCAUCAGUUAACACACGGUCACAAGACGGACAGAUACCUCUACACCUGUCUGCACAGUAUGGACACUACCAGGUGUCUGAGAUGUUACUCCAGCACCAGUCAAAUCCAUGUCUGUUGAACAAAACCAACAAGACCCCUCUGGACCUGGCCUGCGAGUUUGGCAGAUUCAAGGUGGCUCAGUUGUUAUUGAGCAGUAACAUGGUGGUAGCUCUGUUGGAGGGGGAGGGUCUAGACUCUACCUCCUCCAACACACCCCUUCACCUGGCCGCUCGCAAUGGACACAAAGACAUCAUCAGGUUGCUACUGAAGGCUGGUAUAGACAUCAACAGAGCCACUAAGGCUGGGACCUCUCUGCACGAGGCUGCCCUCUAUGGCAAGACGGAAGUAGUGCACCUGCUGCUGGACGCUGGUAUUGAUGUAAACCUAUGUAACACGUACAACCAGACAGCUCUGGACAACGUUAACCAGUUCACCACCACAUCAGCCAGCAAGGACAUCAAGAUACUAUUGCGAGAAGCAUUAGGGUCUCUCCAGGUGAGAGCGGUGAAGGACUACUGGAACCUUCAUGACCCUACAGCCCUCAACCUCCGAGCAGGAGACCUCAUUAUGGUGUUGGAGCAGCACAUGGACGGGAGGUGGAAAGGUUAUAUUCAUGACAACCAGAGAGGAACGGACCGGAUUGGAUACUUCCCUCCGUCAGUAGUGGAGGUCAUCAGCAGGAGAGCAGGGGGUACUCUCUCACGUCAGGUCUCGUUGCCAAGCCAACGGCAGCAGCACUUCCUGUCCAGAGCUCCUCCCACCAGUAUUGGCUCUACCCCCCAGACUGAUGACUCCUACACCUUGUACUAUGGCCACGCAGGUACCUGUACACCUGGCAGUCUCCUUUCAGCCCCAGCUAGUCCAGCUAGCCCCAGUGAGGACAUAUGGGUCCUCAGGAACUCUCACACUGCAGGAGACAGGAACAGUGUUGGCAGUGCAGGCAGCAGUGCAGGUAGUGUGGGCAGCAGUCGUAGUGCUGGCAGCGGGCAGAGCUCCGAGAACAGUUUUGGACAGAACGGGUCACACACUCACCAAACCGCAGCCACAUUGGGUUCCUACAUGGCCAAGCUGGCUCCCUCUGCUGGUGAAUCAGAACAGCAGUUUCGCUCAGUAGGACCAGUCCACAGCAAACAACCUGAUGGAUCUACAGGUGGUCCGCGUCAUCAGGUCAGUGGUGGUACUCGGUCAGGGGAGCAGGGUGGCUUCAUGCGUCCAGAUCAGCUCCUGGAGGGCAGGGACUCUGAGGCCAUCUACCAAUGGCUGUGUGAGUUCCAGCUGGAGAGCUACACUGCUAACUUCCUUACAACAGGAUACGAUGUGCCUACUAUCAGUAGGAUGACCCCAGAGGACCUGACAGCUAUCGGUGUGACCAAGCCAGGCCACCGUAAGAAGAUCUCCAUGGAGAUAGGCAACCUAAACAUCCCAGAAUGGCUACCUGACUACAUCCCUUCUGAGCUGUCAGAGUGGUUGAGUGCGAUUGGUCUCCCUCAGUACCAGAAAAGACUGUGUGAGAACGGUUAUGACACCAUCAGCAUCAUCAAGGAUAUCACAUGGGAAGACUUAUCAGAGAUAGGAAUCACUAAACUGGGUCAUCAGAAGAAGCUGAUGUUAGCCGUGAAGCGUUUAUGCGACCUGCAUCGUUCCCGUCACCAUGCCAAUGGCUCCGGCACGCUACGGUGUAGUAAACCCCUCGCGGCUCUGGAGCUGGUGGCUAUCGAGCCCCCCGAGCCCCCUGCCGACUGCUGCCCCCCAUCCCCCCACAGUCCCAGGACACCCCUCCUUUCCUUUCAGGACAGCGAGCUGAGCACAGAGCUACAAAACGCCAUGAUGGGCAGGGCAGGAGGAAGAGGGGUGGGGAUAGGGGGGUUUGGGAUGUGUGUGAGAGGUGUGGUGAGGGGUGUGGUGUCGCCAAUGUCGCUCAGCCAGGAGAGCAUUGGAACGCGUUCCCGCGGAUCUGGGAAUUCUGGGAAUUUUUCGGGAUGUUCCCAAGAGCUUCACCAACAGACUCUGGCAUCGGCUGGAGUCUACAGUCGCUCGGACGAGAGCCUGGGGGGAGUGGGAGGAAGAUGGGCGAGACAGGGGGGAGGAGGGAGUCCAGAGAGAGACAGGCAGAGACCCACAGAGUUGUGGUCAGACCAGCUGCGCCAGCCCCCCACUAAACUACCCAUCACCCCUCCUCUCACCCCCAGCAAGAUGCCCCGCUUCGCCUACCCAGCCGUGCCCAUGCCCAGUAAACCCAAACCCUGCCAGUCCCCUGCCCACCCCCACCGCCCCUCCUUCUCUCCCCAGGCCUCCCCCACACAGAGGACCUUCAGUUACCUCCACACCCAGGGAGGAGGUACCGAUCUGGGCCAGCGUGGUCUACCCAAGCCCCAUGCUGGAGCUGUCCCCCUCCCAGGACUAGGCCUCAACACAGAGGCCCUUAAGGGCCCUAAGAAACGCACCCAGAGUCUGACACACUAUUCCCUGUCAGAUGGAGAACCGGAAGACGACGAGUUAUCGGCGCAAGAAUCCAUAUCCCCGGUGACCAUGCCCUCGUACGCCACACUAGGACGCAAACCAGGCCGCGGCCAAUCCUCCGCCGUCCAACGCCACAUCAGCCGGAGCCACACAUUCGCUGUGCGCUCUCGCCGCAAAGGCCCGCCCCCACCACCACCUAAGAGGUUGAGCUCGGUGAGUGGCAGCCAGGCCAACGAAUCAGGAGGAGCAGCAGUAGUGUCAGUGGAGGUGCCAGGGGUGGAGACUGAGAGUGCAGGCAGUGUGAGGAGCAUUGCAGCCAGGCUACAGGGGUCCGGGCCCAGGGGCAGUCCCUCUAAGGGGGUAGAAUUACCCUCCCCACGCACCUCCACCCUCGCCUCCCACAAACUUGUACCCGCUCUGGGGCUGGAAGGCCUGAGGAGGAUGGGGAGCGAGCGGAGGGAUAGAGAUGGAGUGAUAGAGAGAAUCCCAGAAGAGGAGGGAGAGAGAGGGAGGAAGAGUGGUUCAGUAUUGGAAAGCUCUACGUCACUUCAGAGGAGCUCCAGUGAAAACCUCCCUUUCGCGGAGGAGGGCAACCUCACCAUCAAACAGCGGCCCAGGUUGGGAGCAGGUUGCCGGGCAGAGCCUGAAAUCCAACCCCAGGCUUCUCUAGAAGACCCAAAGAUGCAGCCCCCAAAGUCCCUGGAGAUCCCAGAGUUCAACCUCAAAGAGUCGGACACGGUCAAACGGCGGCGUCAGCCCAAAGACCGGGACACACACACACUGGACGAGGUCUUCACCCCCAGCGAAGAUGACGCACACACACAGCCGCACACACACAGCCGGUCCAACGGCUUCCACACACACACAAACAGAGACAUAAAGAGUGAGGAGGAAGCAGGUGUGAGGUCAGAGCGCAGUUUACAGAGAGUAGGAUCGACAGGGAAAUGCCAGAAACCACCUCUGUCCUCCAAACCAACCAGCACUCCCCUCAAACCAGCUGGUCAACAGAUACACACAACUACAUCUAAACCAGGCAGUCAACAGAUACACACAACUACAUCUAAACCAGGCAGUCAACAGAUACACACAACUACAUCUAAACCAGGCAGUCAACAGAUACACACAACUACAUCUAAACCAGGCAGUCAACAGAUACACACAACUACAUCUAAACCAGGCAGUCAACAGAAGACAGCACCAACGUCCAAAUUAGGUAGCACACACAACCAUAUAACCACUCCUAUACCAGCCAAUCAACAAAUACACACAACUUCAUCAAGACCAGCCAGUCAACAGACACGGGCAACUAUCCAUAUACCAGCCAGCCCACAAAAUACACGCACAACCAACUCUAUACCGAUCAAUCCACAGAAACUAGUAACAGCAGCCAAACCAGCCAGUCCACAGAAAACAAUAACAUCCAAGCCAGUAAUUCACCAGACGCCUGCUACUGUCUCUAGACUUCCCCAGCGCAGCAUAACCAUAACGUCAGCCCCUACAGCCCGUUCCCCUGGUGUGACUCUCAAUGUGGUCCAGAGUGUGGUUUUCACUUCCCCAGCCCAGGCAGCCCCUGUUUCAUCCUACCGCACCUUAGGGCCUCCAGGCCAGGCAGGGCGAGCAGUAAAGGCCCAGGCUGGUAAGGCUUGCUCGGAGGUACUGGUUCAGAGGAGGCUGGAUGAGACCAGCACGUCACUCGAGGAAGCGCUGAAAGAUGUAGAGAGGAAACUGGCUCAGGACGACACUGAUGGUGGCAGCGGCACAGUGAAAGCAGCAGGGAAUAUUCUGGAUGACAUCGGCAACAUGUUUGGUGACCUCGCUGACCAGCUGGAUGCCAUGUUGGAUUAAAUCCUCUUCAUUUCACUCAAGGCAAACUGAAUAGGAUCAGCUGGGUUCAAUGGAUUGGGUUGGGUUGCCUAGAUAACUAGGCUUUGACCCAAAUGGCACCCUAUUCACUAUAUAGUGCACUACUUUGGACCAGAGCCCUACAUGUCCUGGUCAAAGUAUUUCACUAUAUAGGGAAUUAGCGAGCCAUGCAGAACGGUGCCCUAAACUUGCUUAGACUGAUCUGCAUGUUUCCAACAUCCACUCUCAUAGGGUGGAUGACAGAAAGUAUGAGGGAGGGGAAAGGAAGGGUGAGGGAAGGGAGAUGGGAGCCGUAGGGAGAGGGGAGCUGUAGGGUUGAGGAGAGCAGAUAUCUUACACAAACACUUUGUCAUCAGAAUUUUUUACGCAAGCGCUUACUGAGGGAUACAGCUUACUGAGGGAUACAGCUUACUGAGGGAUACACCUUACUGAGGGAUACACCUUACUGAGGGAUACACCUUACUGAGGGAUACACCUUACUGAGGGAUACACCUUACUGAGGGAUACACCUUACUGAGGGAUACACCUUACUGAAGGAUACAGCUUACUGAGGGAUACACCUUACUGAGGGAUACAGCUUACUGAGGGAUACAGCUUACUGAGGGAUACAGCUUACUGAGGGAUACAGCUUACUGAGGGAUACACCUUACUGAGGGAUACACCUUACUGAGGGAUACACCUUACUGAGGGAUACAUCUUACUGAGGGAUACACCUUACUGAGGGAUACACCUUACUGAGGGAUACACCUUACUGAGGGAUACACCUUACUGAGGGAUACAGCUUACUGAGGGAUACAGCUUACUGAGGGAUACAGCUUACUGAGGGAUACAGCUUACUGAGGGAUACACCUUACUGAGGGAUACACCUUACUGAGGGAUACAUCUUACUGAGGGAUACACCUUACUGAGGGAUACACCUUACUGAGGGAUACACCUUACUGAGGGAUACACCUUACUGAGGGAUACACCUGUGGGUUGUGUUGUUGGAAUAGCAUCAGUGAGAGGCACACACACCAGGACUUAUCUAACUAAACUGAAGCACAUAACCCUGGAUCAAUGGUUUUGCUAGGCAGACAGCACAAUAACACAGAAAAGUGUACUGUGAUUUAUGACAUCGAGCACAGGUUUAUGACAGAGCAUGCGUGGCUUUGCUACAGCUUUGUGCUGAGCCAACCAGAUUUUACCAAUGGGAAUAAGGGUCCAUUUUUAACAUGUAUGUAUUGUAAGUUGUAUUAUAUUAUCGUCUUAAACUUUACCCAAUGUUACGUUAAAGUGUGUCAAUAUUUUUAACAUGAGAUAAAUCUUUGACGUUCCUGAAAACUGAGAAUUUAGUUUACUUUGCAUUUGUUUUAACAAAGGGAGCACCUAUUUACUUCAAUGUUAAGUGUAACUGGCAUUUCAAAAGUACUUAUUUGUUUUAUCUUAUGUUAUUUAACAUGUAAUAUACUAUAGUUUGGUUGAUUAUUGUUGGAGUUGGGUAAGUAUCUAUAAGAUGACAUAUUAUCUGAAUUAAAUUCCAUGCAUAUGUAUUUGUUUAUGGUUUACCAAAGUGGAAAUCCAGUGUUAGCUCUCCAAAGGCUUCAAAACAACAUUGGGGGGGGUAAAGCUCAGCUGUGUAGUGAAGGUGUUGCAGUAUGUUAUAAGUUUUGGUCGCAAACACAGUUUAGUGGGUGCAGCGAAAUACUUAUGUUUCGAGCACCUAACAAUGCAGACAAAUGUUAGACAAUUAAAAUGUAAGAAGGGGGAAAAGGAUGAAUCUGAUUAACAACCCAAAUAGCAGUAAUCAACUACAGGUUUUUAUACUACUGACAUGUACAGUGGCAAGGGAAAAUUUGUGAACCCUUUGGAAAUAUCUGAAUUUCUGCAUAAAUUGGUCAUAAAAUUUGAUCUGAACUUCAUCAAGGUCACAACAAUAGACAAACAGUCUGCUUAAACUAAUAACACAAACCAAAAAAAAUCACGUCUUUAUUGAACACUGUGUAAACAUUCAAAGUGCAGGGUGGAAGAAGUAUGUGAACUCUUGGAUUUAAUAACUGGUUGACCCUCCUUUGGCAGCAAUAACCUCAACCAAAUGUUUUCUGUAGUUGCGGAUCAGACCUGCACAACAGUCUGGGGGAAUUUUGGACCAUUCCUCUUUACAAAACUGUUUCAGUUCAGCAAUAUUCUUGGGAUGUCUGGUGUGAACCGCUUUCUUGAGGUCAUGCCACAGCAUCUCAAUCAGGUUGAGGUCAGGAGACUGACUGGGCCACUCCAGAAGGCAUAUUUUAUUCUGUUGUUGAUUGACUUCUGCGUUGUGGGUUGUUGUACUGUUGCAUCACCCAACUUCUGUUGAGCUUCAACUGGUGGACAGAUAGCCUAACAUUCUCCUGCAAAAUGUCUUGAUAAACUUGGGAAUUCAUUUUUCCGCCGAUGAUAGCAAGCUGUCCAGGCCCUGAGGCAGCAAAGCAGCCCCAAACCAUGAUGCUCCCUCCACCAUACUUUAGGGUUGGGAUGAGUUUCUGAUGUUGGUGUGCUGGGGCUUUUUUCUCUCGACACAUAGUGUUGUGUGUUCCUUCCAAAAAACUCAACUGUAGUUUCAUCUGUACACAUAAUAUUUUGCCAGUAGCGCUGUGGAACAUCCAGGUACACUUCUGCAAACUUCAGACAUCGCAGCAAUGUUUUUUUUGGUCCACAGUGGAUUUGUCCAUGGUGUCCUCCCAUGAACACCAUUCUUGUUUAGUGUUUUACGCAUCGUAGACUCGUCAACAGAGAUGUUAGAAUGUUCCAGAGAUUUCUCUGUGUCUUUAGCUGACACUAGGAUUCUUCUUAACCUCACUGAGCAUUCUGCACGGUGCUCUUGCAGUCAUCUUUGCAGGAUGGCCACUCCUAGGGAGAGUAGCAACACAUACUCCAUUUAUAGACAAUUUGUCUUUCAGUGGACUGAUGAACAGCAAGGCUUUUAGAGAUAAUUUUGUAACCCUUUCCAGCUUUAUGCAAGUCAACAAUUCUUAAUCUUAGGUCUUCUGAGAUCUCGUUUGUUCAAGACAUGGUUCACAUCAGACAAUGACUCUUGUGAAUAGCAAACUCAAAAUGUGUGAGUGUUUUUUAUAGGGCAAGGUAGCUCUAACCAACAUCUCCAAUCUUGUCUCAUUGAUUAGACUCCAGGUUAGCUGACUCCUGACUCCAAUUAGCUUUUGGAGAAGUCAUUUGCCUAGGGGUUCACAUACUUUUUCCAACCUACACAGUGAAUGUUUAAAUGAUGUAUUCAAUAUAGACAAGAAAAAUACAAUCAUUUGUGUGUUAUUAGCACACUAUAUUUUCUAUUGUUGUGACUUAGAUGAUCAGAUCAAAGUUGAUGACCAAUUUAUUCAGAAAUCCCAGUAAUUCCAAAGGGUUCACAUACUUUUUCUUGCCACUGUAUAGGCUGUGAGGUGGGUAGUAUACACACCACAUGAGGUUGGUGGCACCUUAAUUGGGGAGGACCGGAUCGUGGUAAUAGUUGAAGCAGAAUCAGUGGAAUGGUAUCAAAUACAGCAAAAGCUCCAUUCCAGCCAUUAUUAGGAGCCGUCCUCCCCUCAACAGCCUCCACUGAUACUCACCUUAACAUUAUAACAGGCUUGGAUUGCUCUCGCAGGGGUGGGCAACUCCAGUCCUUAGGGGCCUGAUUGGUGCCACAGUUUUGCUCCAGCUAAAACACCUUACUCCAAUAAUCACCUAAUCAUGAUCUUCAAUUUAGAAUGCAAUUUGAUUAAUCAGCUGUGUUUGCAAGGGAUGGAGAAAAAGUGUGACACCAAUCAGGCCCUCGAGGACUGGAGUUGCCCACCCCUGCACAGAAGUCUACUGCAUAGCCUCAGAGUACUGUAGUAAUGUAACCUACAGUAAACCCUGACCUAGUUAAAACAGCAAUCAGCAGUUGAAACAAUAACAAAGCGCCCCUGUUUUGGUAAAAAGAUGAGGGAUGGGGCUUGAUAAAUCUAAACACUCAAAUGUAUAGACAGAGCUAUGGAUGGCAAGCACUGACGAUCCAUGAUAUCAACAUUAUACACUGAGUAUACAAAACAUUAAGAACACCUGCUCUUUCCAUGACAUAGACUAAUCAGGUUAAAGCUAUGAUCUCUUAAUCAAUGUCACUUGUUAAAUCCACUUCAAGUAAUGUGCAUGAAUGGGAGGAGCCACGUUAAAGAAGGAACAUUGAGACAUGGAUUGUGCAAGUGUGCCGUUGAUUGAAGUGUCUUUCAACUGGGUAUCGUAGUAGGUGCCAGGUGCACCGGUUUCAGUGUGUCAACAACUGCAACGCUGCUGGGUUUUUCAUGCUCAACAGUUUCCCGUGUGUAUCAAGAAAGGUCCACCGCCCAAGAGACAUCCAGCCAGCAUUGGUGUCGACAUGGGCCAGCAUCUCGUUGGAACGCUUGACACCUUGUAGAGACCAUGCCCCAACAAAUUGAGGCUAUUCUGAGGACCUGUUUGGUGUACUCUGUGUUGUUUUAACCAUGUUUUGAGACUAUAUAGCAUUUGUUUACAUUUACUUUGUUUACAAACAUUUGAGUAAAACAAGCUUAUAUUUUGGAUUCUGAAGAUAGUUGUUCAAAGCUCAUGAGGCAUUUAUAAGUUAUAUUCUAGAAUCAAUGGGUACAUACUGUAUCAUGAAUUUAUAAGGCCAAAAUUGUAUGUAGCCACAGCAGGAAAAAAAAUCUAACUUUGUUUCUCCAAUGCUGUUCCAGCAAUUGUUAUCAGAAACCGUGGGGUGGGUCUUGGCAAAUGUAACUGCCACUUGAAUUCUGUGGUAACCAGUGCCACCCCAAAACCAAAGACAAGUUGGCGGAUUUGGGCCCAUUUCAGUGAUGGUUUCUUCAAGAGAGAAAGCCGCUUUCGAAUGUAUUUAACUUUUAUGCAUGUUUCUGAAAAAGUGUUCUUGUUACAAUGACUACAUCGACUGACUAUUUUGUAGAAAAAAACAUUUACUUAUAUAUAUUUACUUAUAUAUGCACCUUCUCUCAUAUGUCAUGUCAACAACAUUGUAUUAUUUAUAUUAGCAUUCAUAUAACAAAAGUCCAUGAUUAUAACAUUUCAUAAUAGUUUUGUAGUCAUAUAGCUGUGAUAUUGUACUGCGCUUAAUAUUUGGUGUAUACAGUUGAAGUCGGAAGUUUACAAUACAUUUAAACUCAGUUAUUCACAAUUUCUGACAUUUGAUCCUAGUAAAAAUUCCCUGUUUUAGGUCAGAUAGGAUCACCACUAUUUGAAGAAUGUGAAAUGUCAGAAUAAUAGGAGAGAAUGAUAUAUUUCAUCUUUUAUUUAUUUCAUCAUAUUCCCAGUGGGUCAGAAGUUUACACACACUCAAUUAGUAUUUUUUUGCAUUGCCUUUAAAUUGUUUAACUUGGGUCAAACGUGUCAGGUAGCCUUCCACAAGCUUCCCACAAUACGUUGGGUGAAUUUUGUCCCAUUCCUCCUGACAGAGCUGUUGUAACUGAGUCAGGUUUGUAGGCCUCCUUGCUCGCACUCACUUUUUCAGUUCUGCCCACAAAUGUUCUAUGUGAUUGAGGUCAGGGCUUCGUGAUGGCCACUCCAAUACCUUGACUUUGUUGUCCUUAAACCAUUUUGCCACAACUUUGAAAGUAUGCUUGGGGUCAUUGUCCAUUUUGAAGACCCAUUUGCGACUAAGCUUUAACUUGCUGACUGAUGUCUUGAGAUGUUGCUUCAAUAUAUCCACAUCAAAUUCCUUCCACAUGAUACCAUCUAUUUUGUGAAGUGCACCAGUCCCUCCUGCAGCAAAGCACCCCCACAACAUGAUGCUGCCACCCCCGUGCUUCACGGUUGGGAAGGUGGUCUUCUGCUUGCAAGCCUCCCCCUAUUUCCUCCAAACAUAACGAUGGUCAUUAUGGCCAAACAGUUCUAUUUUUGUUUCAUCAGAACAGAGGACAUUUCUCCAAAAAGUAUGAUCUUUGUCCCCAUGUUCAAUUGCAAACCAUAGUCUGGCAUUUUUAUGGCGGUUUUGGAGCAGUGGCUUCUUCCUUGCUGAGCGGUCUUUCAGGUUAUGUCGAUAUAGGACUCGUUGUACUGUGGAUAUAGAUACUUUUGUACCUGUUUCCUCCAGCAUCUUCACAAGGUUAUUUGCUGUUGUUCUGGGACUGAUUUGCACAUUUCGCACCAAAGUACAUGAAUCUCUAGGAGACAUAAUGCGUCUCCUUCCUGAACAGUAUGACGGCUGCGUGGUCCCAUGGUGUUUAUACUUGCAUACAAUUGUUUGUACAGAUGACGUGGUACCUUCAGGCAUUUGGAAAUUGCUCACAAGGAUGAACCAGACUUGUGGAAGUCUACAAUGUUUUUCUUGGCUGAUUUCUUAUAAUAUUCCCAUGAUGUCAAGCAAAGAUGCAGUGAGUUUGAAGGUAGGCCUUGAAAUACAUCCACAUGUACACCUCCAAUUGACUCAAAUUAUGUCAAUUAGCCUAUCAGAAGCUUCUAAAUCCAUGACAUAAUUUUCUGGAAUUUUCCAAGCUGUUUAAAGGCACAGUCAACUUAGUGUAUGUAAACUUCUGACCCACUGAAAUUGUGAUACAGUGAAUUAUAAGUGAAAUAAUCUGUAAACUAUUGUUGGAAAAAUGACUUGUGUCAUACACAAAGUAGAUGUCCUAACCGACUUGCCAAAACUAAAGUUUGUUAACAAGAAAUUUGUGGAGUGGUUGAUACGAGUUUUAAUGACUCCAACCUGAGUGUAUGUAAACAUCCGACUUCAACUGUAGAUGGGGGCAAAGUGACCAUGCAUAGAUAAUAAAACGCAAGUAGCAGCAGUUUAAAGUGUGGGGGGGGUCAAUGCAAAUAGUCCAGGUAGCCAUUUGAUUAGCACUGUACACCAGGAUAAUAUUGUAUCUAGGAGGAGUUCUGACUUCAACUGUUUCUGCUUCAUGCAGUGUUUACUACUAUCAUCAGAUUUUGGGGGGGGGGGCUCCCAAAUGACACCCUAUUUUCUAUUUAGUGCACUACUUUUGACCAGGACCCAUAGGACCCUGGUCAAAAGUAGUGUACUUCAUUGGAAAUAGGGUGGCAUUUUGUAAUUGGGACACAGACAUAAUUACUUUUACUCAAGCAUUAAAUUGCCAGUAUACUCAGGUCCUACAGUACAGUACCCAUCAAUACUGCAAUUAUACACUUUACAAAAAUGUACCAAAGUAUUGGUCCUAUGUUUCAUCAGCUGAAUUAAAAGACACCAGAAAUGUUCCAUACACACUAAAUUUGGUGCACACAUUUGUAUACAUUCCUGUUACUGAGCAAUUGCACAAUUGCAUUUUAUCGAUGGCAAUUUGAAUGCACAGAAAUACCGUGAUGAGAUCCUGAGGCCCAUUUUUAAGGUAUCUGUGACCAACAGAUGCAUAUCUGAAUUCCCAGUCAGGUGAAAUCCAUAGAUUAGGGCAUUAUUUAUUUAUUUGACUGAUUUCCUCAUUAACUGUAACUCAGUAAAUCUUUGAAAUCGUA